CAUCUUAACAACAGCGACAAAAAAUUGCUUUACGAGAAUCCCGAAAAAUCACCAUGAAAUGAGGAAAAGGAGCAGAUUUCGUGGCCAAAUCCAAUUGAUUUGGCCGAAAACUUUACGGUCGAAGGUUCAGUUAUUCAUGUUUGUUUACUGAAAUCAUCAUAGAUACGUCUAACGUGCGAGAAAUAUGGAAAGUUUCCAAUUAUCGACGGAUUUGACGGCGACUCGUACAAAUGCAAACCCGAAUUCCACGGAUGUUGCUGCAGGGGCUAGCGUGUAUAGCGUAGGCCUACGUACAGGUACGGGACCGGGCAGGCCUUCGCCUUCACGAACAACGACACUUGGCGAUCGUGAUCAGCUAUUUAACAUCAAUCCAAGAUUCACUGAAUUACCCACACAGACCACUUUGGACGGAAAUAACAUGGAGAAGCUGAAGAAACUGGAUACGGAUUGUGAGGAGUCUGUGUCAAAAAGACUAGAGGCAUCUCUGAGUCCUGAUUCAAAGCAGAAGAUUGAGAGCCUAUUGGCUGACAUCAGGAAACUUGAUGACAAGCAGAAGUUAUUGCUUUAUUUACAGCUUCCUUCAGGUACCCCUGAGCAGGACAUUCACAAAAGCACAUCGCCAAUGAUGAGUAGUUGCCGAGUUGACCAGGUGACUGCGUUAAACUGGGUUCGGAGUCACAUUGAAGAGAGUCCCGAUACAUCCCUUCCUAAGCAGGAAGUCUAUGAGGAAUACAAGACAUUCUGUGAGAAUGCCUACCAACGGCCUUUAAGCACUGCAGACUUUGGGAAGAUAAUCAAGGGAGUGUUUCCUGCUGUUCAAGCAAGACGUCUUGGCACCAGAGGCAACUCAAGAUAUUGCUAUAGUGGUAUGAGAAAGAAACUUGAACUGACAUCUCCAUCGCUCCCUCUGCUCGAUGCUCCUGUUGUUAAUCGAGGGGUGGAUUGUCUAUACACAACAUGCCCAGGCUGUCCCAAGUCCUUGCUUCAAGGAGAGGAUGAUCAUCUGCAGAAGGCGGCAUCACAGGUUAUUUGUGAAUGGGCAUCAGGGAUCACCAACAAGACCUUCAACAACAGCCUGCAGGUAGCACAGCAUCUGACAAAUAAUAACUUAGUAACCAAGUGUUCUAAGUCCAUCCUCAUUGUCCAAAAGCACAUGGGUGAAGUUCCUAGAUCUGAUCUUACACCAGAGAUGAGACAUCGAGAGACCAACUUCCACUUGAAGCAGACACUGCAGUACCGACAAGAAAUCCGCAAAAAACAGGCAGAGGAGAACCAACAGAAACAGCAUUCAAGUCCAGUCGUCAGGAAACAUGUUACUACUGAGGAAAACAUCUCCCCGCAAGCCACAUGCACGGACAAAGCUACGCAAUUAGAACAGAGAGACAUGCCAGCUUUGACGGAAAGCUCAGCUGGAAACUCCUUAACAUCGUCGGAGAGUGGUGAGAGCAGUACUAAUCCGGAGAAUAAUUUGUCUUCAAGUAAUGCUGUUGGGGAAGGUGCCAAUACUGCAUCCAAAGAAAGCCCAAGCAAGAGACGCUUUGCUCCAAUACAACCAAAGACACCGGUCCGAGACACCAGUGCACCAAUGGUACUAAUAAAUCCAUCUGCUAAGAAUGUGAAUGGACAGCCAAUGCAACUUGUUUUCAUGAACGGACAGAAAGUCAUUCCUGUGCAGGGUAUAUCAAAACUUACAAAUCCUCAGCAAAUGAAUGUGUUGUUGCAGCCUGGACAGAAUGUAUUUCAGAGUUCUGUUCAGCCUGUUCCAGCUGUGGGUAAUCAAACACCUGUUAAUGUUGUAAAUAGUCCAGUAGUAGGCAAUGCCAUCCUUGGCAGUCCGGUGUUACCAGCAAAUAGUAUUCAGAGUUCAAUCAAGAGUGGACAAUAUGUUGUUGUAGGAAAUACAAUUAGACAAUUGCCUAGAGGUCUCCAGACUGUCAGUAAUGCAAAUUCUGCAAUAAUUCCAAAUCAGGGAGAGCCUGUUGCUGCCAACCAGGUCGCAGUGCUAGCUCAGCCCACUCCUCAAUCACAUGUUGUGGUGUCUGGCAGUAGUGUUACUUGUCAGAAGACUGGCCUGUCAUCUCAGGGAAUUUUAUUUAACACGGGUACCAGCAGCGGGAGAUCGCACAACUUCUUAGACAGGACUGCACCACCUUCAGCACCAACAUUGACCAGUCCUGUCAACAUGACGACACAAGCCUCACAGCUUGCUUCCCCAGCUAACAUCAUUGUUCGGAGUGCACAGUCACAGUCGGUCGCUACAAGCGAUAGCUCAAUGUUGAAAACAUCUGUUACAUAUGCAACCCACCCCAUGAAAAUACCUCCUGUAGCUGUGAUAGGUUCCGAUGCAUUCCAGGGUGAUCAAAUCUUUUCUAGUGCAUCUCAGAGUGACGUUGAGCCAAAUUUGAUGACUCCCUCUCAUGCUGCUGUAAUUAAUUCAACACUCUUUACCAACAAGCUAGAGAAAGUUACUUCACCGGGAAGAAUUUCUAAAACUUGCAGUGCUAUUCAUUCAGACGUGGGAGGUGGUGUCGGAAGCUCCAAGGGCGGUGUCUUGCACAGCGCUGGAAGCAAGACUGUUGCAAGCUUACUGAAAAGUGCUCAGGCAAGCUCAUCAUUAGCAUCUUCAGUUGCAUUGUCAAAGUUGUCUGUACCCAGUGUUGACCCCUCAACAAACUUGGUAUUGGCACAAGUACAGAAUCUAUCAAGGAAACCGGAUGGGAGUAAUCUGCAGCAUUAUGUGAUUCAAGCAGCAACAGAUGAAGAUGUUCCUCUAGCUAGUGAGAGUACUUCCAUGGCACCAGGAAGCACUUACCCAAUUAUUAUGAACUCUCAGAAGCUUUCAUCUGUGCCACAAGGAUCCACCCUGACAGACAUUCUCACAGAUCAUGGGAACAUUAAAAAACAGGCAAACAAAAGUAGUUUGACUCUUCAAACUCUCACAGUGGAAGAUGCCAAUGUACUAAACCAGCUGGCAACACAACCGUCUGUGUCACUGUUAACUGACAAGGAUCAGAGUAACAGCACAAUGCUGAUGGUUUCAGGCAUGUCUGCUGCCACCAUGCUUCCACAUAAAUCCAAGUCUCACAACACACAGCUGAUACAGCAGUUACAACAGUCCACGCUUGCUGUUCGAACAAGUCAACCCCAGCAAACCAAUGUCACUUUAUCCUUGCCCUCGACAAAGCAUAUAAAGGUGCAACAUUUGGCGCAGAUUCCAUCAUCACAGCCAAAGAUUCUUGAGAGGUUGUUAGCCUCGGAUAAUCAGUCAUAUAUCAACCCACUUCAGAAUGAGAUACGUAGUGCACGAUCCGUACCAACUACUCCAAUAGCAGAGUUACGAUCUCCACCACCACACAUGAUGAUGCGGGCCCAGAGCGCAGCUAUUCCUGUGCAACAGGGGGUAGACAGCGUACCACCUAGUCCUGUUGACGGGAACUCAUUUGCAUUCACUCCAAUAAACAUAAUCGAGCUUGACGGUGGAGAAAGUCCUCAUAAACCAAAGCAUAAACCCAAACCCACCCAUCCUACUGUGAGGAGUGCUCUGUCGGCUUCUACCAGCAGCGAUACGCAAGAAGGUAAAAAUAAAGGUAAACGAUCUCAGCAGUCUGAGUUUUUGACGCCUAACCGCAAACGUCGUCUCUCGAGUAAUUCAAAGAGGGUCGCUGCUGCAAGCCCAAGUGCUGUUCAGCCACAGAAUCAGGUCUAUCAGAGUGUAACAUUACCAUCCCCAAGUCACGUUGCCAAACAGCAACCUAGGUAUUAUAUGAAAACCAAUCAACAUGAAGUUACUCAGGGUUCUAAUGUUGACAUUGGAGGCUCUUCUCAAUACUGUAGAGGAAGCGUACAGAACCAGCAGGCUAUGUACAUCAGAAGGCGGAAUCCUUCUGGUCCUUCUUGUUCUAGUUUAAACAUGCAGAUGUCCGGAGAUGCAGACACAGAACUGUUAAACCUCAUGAACAAUGUUAAUCCCAACAACUUACAAGCUAUGUUGAAUAAGAAAGCUUUACAGAACCGCAGUCAGUCUGUUCCUUUGCCAGAGCAACCUUUGAAUCGUUUUCCCAAGUUCCAGCUCCCGACGCAGCCAGAACUUACUACCAGUCAGAACCCAGUGUUAAGCAAUCAGGUGCACAUCAUACCUGUGGAUUUAGAAGAUCAAGUGAGGCAGCUUCAGCCUUCCAGUGGCUUCACUGCUAAACGCAAUCUCACUCAAGAUCUGCUCAACCUAGAAGUGACGGAAGAAGAUUUUGCUCCUGAAGCCCUCUUGAAUACUGAAAUCAACGCGGGACCUAAUCUUCAACCAAGUCAAAAUCUCAGCGAAACCACCUGGUCCAGUGAACAAGUUGAAGCCUCGGUGGCAGCUGAUUCUAAUGUCAACUCCCAGCUAACCGACUUUCAAAUGAUUGCUGAUCAACAGAAUGGGAAUUCUGCUCACGAAACUCUUCUCCCUAAUCAGACAUUUAAUGAUGCAUCUAAUAGCACAUCUUCAUCCAUUAGUGAUGGCAUGAUUAUGGAAGAGUUCUCCGAUAAAAUGUUUCAAGAUAUUGAAGAUCAGAACUUUGAUCUGCCUCAAACUCCUUGGCAAAUGGGCACGAGUGGUACCUCUAUGUCAACACUAGAGUGUGGUAUGUAAUUUUAUGUGUAAAUAUCUUUGUUUGAUUGAGUGUUUCUUCAGUAAAGGUACCACUAGUGUCAGAGUUUAGCCAAUAUUUCAUUAAUAUUUUACCAUUCUAAUUAUAAAGUGAAUAGGAGUAUCAUGCAAUUGUGUUCUUUAAAAAAAUGACUGAGGAUAUAUAAGUAAGGUGAUUUUUCACAUCUUUUUAAACCUGGUUAUUUAAAGCAUUACCACUUGUGGUUGUUAUGCCGUACGUCGAAUUCCAUCAGAUGGAUAAACUUUGAUCAUGUAUGCCUAUGGGAAGAAGGAAGAUCUGGGCCCCAUCUUACAAAGAGUUACGAUUGAUCCAAUCAAUCAUAACUAUAAAAAGCCAUCAACUUCAACUAAAACAUGUUUUUGUUCAAAUUGUUUACUAGUUACGAUGUAUAUUCAUGCAUUUGUUUUCUUGACAUUUCAGUAUGCUCCUAAUUUUUGACAAGAGGAUAUUGUGCAAAUUUCAUUUAUGAAAAAUUAUGGUUCUGAUGGAUUUCAAUAGAGUCGAGUUUGAACCGAUCAGUCACAACUCUUUGUAAUAUGGGACCCUUAAUUGUUCUGGGCACAUUGAGAAGAAAGAAACAGAGGUCAUCGUCAUUUGAAUUAUUUGUUCUCACGAUAACUAAAGGAAUGUUUUCAGACCUUUCAACCAUUCUGAAUGAGGAGGAAAGAAUCUUAAUUUUGAUCAUUCAGAGCUCUUGUUUAGACAGGAUUUUCCUAUUUUUUAAUUUGCUUUACUUUGCACUCCUAUUGGGAAAAAAAUCCCUAUUUUUGAGCAAAAACAUCACUAUCUCUCUGUCAGGAAGGUAAGAGUGCUGCAUACGAUGGAUCAUUUUCUAACGAGAAUCAUCUAUGCAU